AUGGGGGAUCACAGGGAGCCGACCAUUGUGCAGAGAUCGAAUUCGUUUAGCAUCAAGAGUCUUUUGCUCCCGUCCAAGUUUGACAACCAGGGCGCAGAGGUCGCGCAAAAAUGCUCACCGCUGUCUGGCUCGGAUUCGGAAAAAUCCUUGAAAAUGGAACCGGCAACUUUGGAAUGUAAACAACCUCCAGACGAAAACGAAUCGGGAACGGAAGCUGAAAGGCCAGGGGAAUGCGCAAAACUUGAUAAACCCCCGUUCAGCUACAAUGCGCUUAUCAUGAUGGCUAUCCGCCAAAGUCCAGAAAAGCGCUUGACGCUCAACGGCAUCUACGAAUUCAUCAUGAAGAAUUUUCCGUAUUACCGAGACCACAAACAAGGCUGGCAGAACUCAAUUCGACACAAUCUCAGCCUUAAUAAAUGCUUUGUGAAAGUGCCGCGCCAUUACGACGACCCAGGAAAAGGCAACUACUGGAUGCUGGACCCUUCUAGCGACGACGUAUUUAUCGGUGGGACUACAGGCAAACUUCGGAGAAGGUCUGCAACCUCCCGUGGCAAACUGGUGAUGAAGAGAGGUCUUCGUUUUGCCCCUCUUGGUCUCGGACUUGGCCUGGAACGUCCCAACAACCCUCUUUGUUGGUCUCCGUUUUUACCCCUACACCAUCCCCAUUACAGCGCACCAUCUUCGCAUGGCUUUCUAAACCAAGGACACGUAUACGGACCUUUGCUUCCAAAUGUGGAGCCCAUCAGCAGCUCUGAGGUUACUCACCCAGUCAGUCUAUCCUGCGGGUACAGUGCGAGCUCAGCACCGGCAUUAUUAACAGCGCACAGCGGCUAUUUUCCACCAGGAGCGCACCACGCACAGACGCUCCAAAGCGCCACCAGUUACGCGAUCUCUAGCGCGUCGUCUGUGUUUACCGAUUCAAGAACAUUACCGUCUUUUAACUCCAGUGGCUUCUCGGGUGUCUUGGCACAGCAUAAAAGACUCACACCGCAUUCUUUCCUUAGCUGA